UUAAAAUGACAUCUGAAAGACAAUAAUCUGUGAAAUUUGGUGAUGGAUAAUGUGUCAGUAGUUACGAUGUUUACUCUGUCAGGUUUAAAUGGCAUAUCAAACUACAGAGUUAUUCUCUUUGCUAUCACUUUGCUGUGUUACUGUGUGAUCUGGCUGGUUAAUGUGACCAUUAUUGUGACAAUUAUUGUAGAUAAAAGCCUGCAUGAACCCAUGUAUAUUUUCCUCUGCAAUCUAUGCAUAAAUGGACUUUAUGGGACGGCAGGCUUUUACCCCAAAUUCCUCCUUGAUCUUCUGUCUACCACUCAUGUCAUCUCUUAUGCUGGAUGCCUCCUGCAGGGGUUUGUGUUGCACUCCUCAGUUUGUGCUGAUUUCUCUAUUCUGGUGCUAAUGGCCUAUGACAGAUAUGUGGCUAUUUGUCGACCUCUGGCGUACCACUCUGUGAUGACCACACAAAAAAUUUGUGUGUUUGUGGUUAUUGCUUGGCUUCUUCCCUUUUACCUGCUCUUCCUGAGCACAAUAACGACAUCCAGAUUGAGAUUAUGUGGCUCACACAUCCCAAAAAUCUACUGUGUUAAUUUUUUGGUUGGUAAACUUGCUUGUUCUGCCUCCAUAGCAAAUGUUAUUGUUCCAGCUUUUAAUUAUUCUUUUUAUUUCGGCCAUUUUAUGUUUGUUGUUUGGUCUUAUGCAUAUCUUAUCAGAACAUGCCUAAUAUCCAAAGAGAGCAGGAGCAAAUUUAUGCAAACAUGUCUGCCACAUUUAUUCUGUUUGAUAAUUUUUGCUGUGUGUGUGCUGUUUGAUUUGUUACACAUGAGAUUUGGUUCAGAAGAGAUGUCACAAAAUAUCCAAAACUUUAUGGCAAUAGAAUUUCUUCUCAUUCCUCCAAUCAUCAAUCCUCUCAUCUAUGGUUUGAAGCUGACAAAAAUAAGAAAUCGAAUUCAAAGUUUUGUGUGUAUUCUUUUUAGACAAAAGUCAUGA